AUGGAACAGGUGAACCACACUAGCAGCACCAGCUUUGUGCUGGCCGGCUUCGCGCUGGCAGGCACCCUGCAGCCCCUGGCCUUCACCGGGGCGCUGCUCAUGUACCUGCUGACGCUGGUGGGCAACGUGCUGGUGGUGGCGCUGGUGCGUGCAGACGCGGGGCUGGCCACACCCAUGUACUUCUUCAUCAGCGUGCUGUCCUUCCUGGAGCUGGGCUAUGUGAGCACCACGGCGCCCACGCUGCUGGGCACCCUGCUGCAGGGCGGGCGCGCUGUGCCCGCCUCCGCCUGCUUUGCACAGCUCUAUGUGUUCCACUCGCUGGGCAUGACCGAGUGCUACCUGCUGAGCGUCAUGGCUCUGGACCGCUACCUGGCCAUCUGUUGGCCGCUGCGCUACCAUGCGCUCAUGAGCCCGCGGCUGCGUCGGGGGUUGGCGGGCGCCACGUGGGCUGCGGGCUUCUUGGCGGCGCUGGUGCCCGCGGGGCUCACGGCCUCGCUGCCCUUCUGCCUGCGCGAGGUGGCACACUACUUCUGUGACCUGGCGCCGCUCAUGCGCCUGGCCUGCGUGGACACGGGCUGGCACGGCCGCGUCCACGGGGCGGUGAUAGGAGUGGCCACUGGGUGCAACUUCGUGCUCAUCCUGGGUCUGUACGGGGGCAUCCUGCGUGCGGUGUUGAAGCUGCCUUCGGCGGCCAGCCGUGCCAAGGCCUUCUCCACCUGCUCUUCGCAUAUGACUGUGGUGGCUCUGUUCUAUGCCUCUGCCUUCACGGUAUAUGUGGGUUCCCCUGGGAGCCGCCCUGAGAACUCAGACAAGUGCAUAGCCUUGGUGUAUGCUCUGCUCACCCCUUUCCUGAACCCCAUCAUCUACACGCUGCGCAACAAGGAGGUGAAAGAGGCUGUUAAGAGGGUCUGUGGCAGGAUCAGGGCCCUUCCUAAGAGACCCUGA